AUGGGGCCCCCUGUGGUGGAGAUAACAGUUUACGAGCUUCCUGACAAAGUUUGUCUCCUCGCGCUUAAUUCGCAGCAGCAGCAGCAGCAGCAGCAAGCAGCAGCUGCUGCUGCUGCCCGUCCAAAUGGCCCAAGCGAGGGUUGCAGCUGCAGCUGCGGCUGCUAUGGACGGCUGCUGAUUCUUAAGAAGGCGGUGCUCAGUGCGGCAGCUGCAGCAGACAAGAGCAGCAGGUGCUCAGACGGCAGCAGCAGCAGCAGCAGCAGCGGCAGCAGCAGCAGCAGCAGCGGCGGCGGUAGCAGCAGCAGCGAAGAAGAAGACGAGGGCGUGAUUUCUUACCAGCAGCAUUGUCUGCAAACGGCUUGCGCUUUCGAGUCGGCGAAGCUGCUGCUGCAGCAUCAGCAGCAGCAGUUCUGUCACCAGCAGCAGCAGCAGCGCCACAACGCAGACUUCCUGCGGCUGCUGCUGCGGCCCCAGCGUGAGCAGCAGAAGCAGCAGCAGCAGCAUGACGAGGCUACAUCAUCGGUGAGCAGCAAAAGGAUCGACACCUGCAGCCCAGCUGCGAGCGACAGCGGCAGCAGCAGCAGCAGCAGCAGCAGCAGCAAAGAAGUUGCUGCUAAGAGAGGCCUCUGCGGCCAAAGCCCCUGCUGCUGCUUUGCUGCCUACAAAGCCUUUGGGCUCUUGGGCGCUGUGAAGCUGCUGUGUGGGGUUUACUUGUGUGUAAUUACGGAGAAGACAACAGCAGGGGCCCUUCCCGACAUUACUGCUGCUGCUGCUGCUGCUGCUGCAGCAGAAGACAUUGACGAGGGUCUGGAUCCGCUGCCGGUUUUUGCUCUGGAGGGGCUGCGACUUGUUCCCCUUUUCUGUUGGAAAUGGGAAGACUCGCAGCUGCUGCACCACGCAGCAGCAGCAGAUGCUGCUGCUGCUGCAGCUCUCGAGCUGCAGCGGCUGGUCUUCUACAAUGGGGCCCCCGGGGGCCCCCGCGUUGCUGGCUGCUGCUCCCCCGCGGGCGUGGACGUGGGGGAGGUCAGGGUAGCAGCAGCAGCAGCAGCAGCAGACAGCAGCAGGAGCGGCGCCAGCAGCAGCAGCGGCUACGCGUCGCCCCCCGAGCUGCUCGAAGUGCAGCAGCAGCUGCCGCAGCAGCAGCACCGCAUGAAGCCACAGCAAAUUGCACAUUUCCGAAAGCUGCUGGAGAAGGAGCAGCGGCUUUGCUGUUUGCUGCUGUCAGCUUUUAGCACAGCGCCUCAGUCGCUGCUGUUUUCGGGCUCCAUAGACCUUACGCUUUCGCUGCAACAGCAGCUGCAGCAGCAGCAGCAGCAGGAGCAGGAAGGGCAGCAGCCGGAAGCUAGCUGCUUCUGCAGCUGCUGCAGCAGCGGGCACAGGAAAUUGCAGCGAGGAGCUGCAGGCCAUUUCGUCUUCAACAAAUUCAUGCUGCGGGAGAUGCAGCGGCGCGCACGACACGCAGCAGCAGCAGCAGCAGCAAAAGAUGCUGCAGCAACAGAAGCAGCAAAUGCUCACGCAGCAGCAUCAAGCAGCGGUUUCUGUUUCGUUGGAGGCUCGACAUCCGACAGCAGCAGCAGCAGCAGCACCAGCAAUGUCACUGUCAGCACCAAUGACAAAGCUUGGUGUACUGGCUACUGCUGCUGCUGCUCAUCUGCAGCAGCAGCAAAAGGCUGCUGCUUCUCCCCUUGGCAGGUUGUACUCAUCCAAGGAGGGCUGCAGCAGCAAACUAUCAUCAUCCCCUCUUCGCAGCAGCAGCAGCAGCAACAGCAGCAGCAGCAGCAAUUGAAAAAUGCUCAGUUUUUCCAGUUGUCUGUCUUGGCGCGGCGGUCUCGCUUUGCUGCUGGGACCCGCUUCUACAGCCGAGGCCUGGAGAGGCCCACUGACCCAGCAGCAGCAGCAGCAGCAGCAGAAGCAGUAGCAGACAGCAGGAGCAGUUUGGGUGCCGCGAACGAAGUGGAAUGCGAGCAGAUGCUGUGGCGUGUGCUGCCACCGCAAGCCACAGUGCCGGCGGCAGCAACAGCAGCAACAGCAGCAGCAGUAGCAGCAGCAACAGCGGCGGCUGUUGCGGUGCCGGAAGCAACUGAGGCAGCAGCAGUAGCCAGUGCAGCAGCAGCGCUUGCUGCGGACACUGUGUCCUUGGGCUUGCCUAGCACUACAACAGCAGCAUCAGAAGCAGCAGCAACAGCAGCAGCAGCAGCACCGCCAGCAGCAACACUCAGCCCCACAGCUGGCGGCUCAUCUGGCGUGGGCGCCGCUUGUUUGCCCGCAGCCGAAGGAGCAGCAGCUAGUUCAGCAGCAGCAGCUGCUGCUGCAGCAGCUCCCCGGGGCUCGAAGUGGCGCUUUUCCGUUUGCUGCGCUGCUGUUGUGUUUCUAAGGGGAUCCAUUCCAGUGUUUUGGAGACACGAAAGUGUUUCAAAGAGACUUUUAUUUUCAUUUCUGAUGCCUUCUCCGACGACGUGCAUCGACUUGCCUGCUGCUGAGGUGUACGUACACCUGAAGCGACACCUGCGCUGGCUGCUCACGCGCUACCAGCAGCCGCUGCUGCUGCUGGACCUUGUUCGGCAGCAGCACCCAGUGGAGGGGACAUUAAGCAGAGCUUACAGGGAAGCUUUGCUGCACUGCAACGACGAAUUCAAGGUGUCCGUACACUCCAGAUCUGCUGCAGCUGGAAACAGCAGCAGCAGCAGCGCCAGCGGCAGCAACACCAGCAAGAGCAACUGCUGCACGCCCGAAACGCGCAGCACGAGCAGAACCUCCCCAGGCCCUGCUGCAGCGGCGGCACGGGGCUCUGCUGCUGACGAGUAUAGCUGCAAGCAGCAGCAGCAACAGCAGCAGCAGCAGCAGCAGCAGCAGGCGCUACCCGAAGUUAUCUACCACAUGAUGGACUGGCAUGCGCGCAGCGAGGCUGAUGGCUUUGAUGCAGCCUUCGCUGAGCUGGCGGUCUUGGGCUCCCAGUUGCUGCAGCAAACGGGGUUCUUCCUGUUCCAGCGCCAGCAGCAGCAGCAGCAGGAGCAGUUGCUGCUGCAGCGGGGCGUGGUGCGCUUCAACUGCAUCGACUGUCUAGACCGCACGAACAUAGCGCACGUGUGUCUUGGUGUUGUUGCGCUGUACGUACAGCUGAGGGCUCUGGGGCUUUGCGGCCCUGGUGUUGCAUGCCCUCACUUCUGCUUCUUCCUGCAGAGCCAGCAAGACGUGUUGAAGGCGACAGCAGAAGGUUUGCUGCUGCAGCAAACCGUAGCAGCAAAGCACAAGCAUGCUUGGCUGCUGCUUGACGCAGAGCAGCAGCGGCAGCAGCAGCAGCAGCCAAGCACCCCGGCAGGCCUGGCAGCACAAGGGGCCACAGCAGCAGGGAAACUGAAGGGACAUGUUCAAAGCCCUGGGCAGCCUAUUUACGAGCAAAAUGGAGAAGCAGCAGCAGCAGCAGCAGCACCUGCUGCUGUUGGUUCUGCUGCUGCUACUGUUGCUGAAUCCCCACAACAAGCAGCAGCCUCGCGUUUGACUGCCGAUGAGCUGCUGCCAGCGUAUGGCUUCCCCUUGGCAGCAGCUGUUGGAGAACGGCCUGGCGCAUUCACAUACACAACAGCAGCAGCUGCUGCUUCUGCCGCUCUUACUGCUGCUGCAGUGUCGCUGCCAGCUUUCAAAGAAAAAGCAGCAAUUGUGAGUGUCUUGGGGGCCCUCUGGCGCGGCAUUGGCGACAACAUUUCCAUCCAGUACGCUGGUUCUCCGGCGCUGCAUGCAGCGGAGUUUGUGCAGUGCCCAGUUCGUGCUGCUGCUGCUGCUGCUGCUGGGCAGCGAGACCAGCAGCAGAAGCAGCAGGGGGCCGCCAUACGUGCCGAAGCAGCAGCAGCAAUUUGGGAAAAAAUGAUCAAGGGAAUGAAGGAAAGGCCCUGGAUAGCUCAGUCAAGAACCAGCGCGCUUUAUGCUGUGCAGCGGUAUGUCAGCAACAAAGUUUUCGACACGGAGCGGCAGCGGGCUAUUUAUUUGCUGACAGGAAAUUUCCGGCCAUCUCUAGAGGGUCCUGAUUUGCUUUCAUUGGAUUGUUCGCAGCAGCAGCUGCCAAUGCAUGCAGAGCCGGCGGCUGCAGCAACAGCAGCAGCAGGCGAGGCAGCAGGGACGGAACUGCUGGAGGCUGGUGGUGCUGCUGGUGCUGCUGGUGCUGCUUCUGUUGCUGCUGCUGCAGCCGCAAGGCAAGCUGCAGGCGCUACUCUGGCUGCGCUAAAGCCUGCAGCAGUCACCUCUCCGACGAGCGCACAAGCAGCAGCAGCAGAAGCAGGGGAGGUAGCUGCUGCUGUUGCUGCUGCUGCUCUGCAGCGAGACAACAAUGAGACGUUUCAGAAGCUCAGCAGCUUUCUUUGA